AUGCGCUGGCGCCGAGGCGGACCACUCUUCUGUGUUUACUUCGGCAACCUCCUGACACUCCACAAGUCUGUGGGACCCGCCUGCGGAGCUCUCUGUGCCUUCUCGGCCUUGGAAGAGGAGAGAUGAGCCCUGCCUGCGCUCGCGGUCUGUCCAGGUCACAGAGAGAGCGUCUUUCAUAACGCUGCCUGCCACCUCUGAACCCCUGCCCCCUGCCGGCCCUACCACCUCCUUCCUGUCACCCUCGCGAGUUUGAACCUGCAACACGCGAGUGCACCAGACCUGAAGAGGCCCGGGACUGUGGGAGGCUCGGAAGAACCGGAAGAUUUCUCUGGACCCUUGAGGGAGGAAAAUGUCCAAGCCGUCCCGGCUGGCCCGGCCGUCCUCGGCCGGAGCGGGGUCCAAGCUGCCCUCGCCCCGGAAGGAGUGCCAGGGGAGCAGGCCCAGGGUGCUGAGCGUAGGGGAGAAGCUGAUGAGGGCGGGCAGCGAGGGAAACCUGGUGAGGCAGAAGCCCCCCCAGCAGCCAGUGACCGAGGAUCCACCGCCAACAAGGAGGAAGCCGAGCCCACCCAAAGAGCAAGGGAAAGGCAAUCUGAGGGUGACCUCACCCGAGGAUGCUGAGCAGCUCAGCAGGAAGCAGAGUGCCGCGAACGGGAGCAGCCGCCCAGACCCCAAGUCCUGCCGCAGCGUCCCCAGGAGACACACCGUAGGGGGGCCGCGCAGCUCCAGGGAGAUCCUCGCCAUGCAGCCUUCCGACAUGGACAAGAAGAGGGAGGCUUUCCUGGAGCACCUGAAGCAGAAGUACCCGCACCACGCGUCGGCCAUCAUGGGCCACCAGGAGAGGCUGAGGGAACAGAGCAGGAGCCCCAAGCACUCCCCGAGCCCCCAGCCCGGAGCGGGGGACCAGGCUGAGCACCUCUCCGUGGCCUCCCUGGAUUCUCUGGACGCCAUGUCAGAAGGAGACGCGCCCACCGCUUUCACCCGUGGCAGCCGCUCACGAGCCAGUUUGCCCGUGGUCAGGUCAACCAAUCAGACCAAGGACAGGUCACUCGGCGUGCUGUACCUUCAGUACGGAGAUGAGACCAAGCAGAUCAGAAUGCCCAAUGAGAUCACCAGCGCGGACACCAUCCGGGCUCUGUUCGUCAGUGCCUUCCCGCAGCAGCUCAGCAUGAAGAUGCUGGAGUCCCCCAGCGUGGCCGUGUACAUCAAGGACGACGUCAGGAACAUGUACUAUGAGCUCUCCGAUGUGAGGAAUAUCACGGAUCACUCCUGCCUGAAGGUGUACCACAAGGACCCGGCGCACGCUUUCAGCCACAACUCCCGGCCCACCAACGGAGACGCCAGGAUGCACAGAGAAAUUCUUUACACCCGGGAUGGGCAGCACACACUGCGACAGCAGCCAAUGGGCCCUCCUCUGGCACACACCAUGCAGGGCUCUCUGUCGCCCCCCACUGCCCACUCCAUGCCACCCUCGCCCUCAAGAAUCCCCUUCGGGCCCAGGGGCGUACCUAUGCCUGGGAGCGCAACCAUCCCCAGGGACCGUCUGUCCAGCGUCCCCCCGAACAGGUCCGUGUCCCCCUGCCCGAGCGCCAUCCUGGAGCGAAGGGACGUGAAACCCGACGAAGACAUGGGCAACAAGAACGUGGCCCUGGUGCGGAGUGACGGCCUCUACGCUGACCCCUACAUGCUCCACGAGGGCCGGCUGAGCAUCGCGUCCGGCCACAGCGGCCACCCGGCGGACGUGGUGGACCACGGCAUAGGCGGCGGCUUCCACCGUGCCUCCAUCAGGUCCAACAGCUCCUACGCCAGCUCCACCAUGUCCUCAGAGGGCAUGGAGCACCACAGCCUCUACAGGCAGAAGUCCCGGAAGUACGGCGACAGCCAGCUGCCCACUCUGGGCUCCAAGACGCCCCCGCCGUCCCCUCACAGGAUGACCGACGUGCGGCUGGUGGACAUCCACGCUGCCCAGAGCGCCCACAUCCCGCCGCAAGCCGCCCAGCUGGAGAGGGGCUCGCCUGUCCGCCAGUCCUUCAGGAAGGAGAACUCGGGUCCCGUGGAAGUGAUGACCAAGGCCAGGAGCAACAUGGCGUCGCCUGUCAUUCCCGACCUCCCCAUGGCGCACGGCUCUGCAGCGCCCCCCAACGACCCUCAAACCCGAGAGCGAAUGAAGGCCAUGGAGCAGCAGAUUGCCAGUCUGACGGGACUUGUUCAGCAUGCACUUUUAAAAGGGCCAGCUGCUGGUGGUGCCAAGGAAGUGACCAGUGACAAAACAGUGAAGAGAUCAUCUCCUGUUCACACUUCAAACAGUGGAGGAGCCUCACCCAUUCCUGCUGCCAAAAGCUCCGCAGAGAGCUGCCCGACGCCCCCUCCGCCCCUGGGCCCGGCACCCGUGCAGGUCAACCUGCUCCAUUUCCGGAAGAAUGUCUCUGACCUCCGAGUGCAGCUCCACCAGAUGAGACAGCUCCAGCUGCAGAACCAGGAGACUCUGAAGCUGAUGCUGAAGCGAGCAGAGCAGGAGAUCAGCGGGAAGCUGGUGGAGACCAUGAAGAGGCUGGAGGACCCCGUGCAGAGGCAGAGGGUGCUGGUGGAGGAGGAGAGGCACAAGUACCUGAGCAUGGAGGAAAGAGUGCUCACGCAGCUGGGGGAGCUGGAGCAGUAUGUGGACGAGCUGAAGAAGGACUCCUCUUCUGCCACAGUGCAUCGGGCGGUCACGCUGAAGGACGUGGAGGAGGGGGCGGUGGGGCUGCGGAAAGUGGGCGAGUCUCUGGCCGGACUCAAAGGGGAGUUCCCGGCCCUGCAGACGAAGAUGCGGGCAGUGCUGCGGGUGGAGGUGGAGGCCGUCAAGUUCCUGAAGGAGGAGCCGCACAAGCUGGACAGCAUGCUGAAGAGGGUCAAGACCCUGACCGAGACCCUCAGCGGCCUCCGAAGGCAAGCCACGGACAGCCUCCUGAAAGGGACGGAGGUUCCGCCGGCGAGAGAGGGAGUUGUGGCCGCGGAGGCGGAAUCAGAGCCCCCGCCCGUCGCCCCGCAGGAGCCCUCCGCUCCAGCGUCUCUGCCCUCCCCCGCGCCCCCGCCUGUCUCGCCCACAGCCCUCCCCGAGCCCCAGAGCUCCUCCAUCCGGUCAGAGGUGAUGCCGGCGUCCCCGCUGGUGAUCCACCAUGCACAGAGCGCCCCCGUUCACAUGCAGCAGUCCCAGCAGUCGGCCGCCCUGGUCGCCCACCCCAGCCCCCCGCCCACUCCCACCCAGGGACGCGAGUCCCCGACGGCCGGCAAGGGGAACAGCCCUAGCAAGGGGAGCAGCCCCGCCCUGACGAAGAAGCCCACCCCGAGCGCAGAGCAGCCCGCCUCCGUCGCCGCGAGCAACGGCUCCGUCUCUCAGGCCCUCUUCAUUGAGGAGGUGCACAGCAGCAGAGAGAAGACCAAGCAGAGGGCCCUGUCCAUCGAGGCUGCUGAGAAGGAGUGGGAGGAGAAGAGACAGAACAUGGGCCACUACGACGGGAAGGAGUUCGAGAAGAUUCUCCAGGAGGCCCAGGCCAACAUGAUGAAAGGCAUCCCCAACCUGGAAGUGACGGAGGAGAAGGAGGCGCCUCUGGCGCCCCCUGCUGCGCAGGAGGACGAGGUGGACGCGCCCCAGCCCGCGGAGCCUCCCCCUCCACCAGAAGAAGCCCCACCAGAGGAGCCCAGCACUGACAAUCCAGUGCAGCCCGUCUCUGAAACGGCAGCCCAGCCCAGCUCUGAGAGACCCCCGCCCGUCGUAGAGAAGCCCCCGAAGCCCAGCGCCGAAAAACCCAACAAGCCGAGCGCUGACAAAGCAGCCAAGCUCAGCACGGAGAAGGCCGGCAAGUCCCCUCCCCCACCACCCCCGAGAAGGAACUACCCUCCAGGCUCCGGGCUCACCACUGGGAGGUCGGGAGAGGUCAUAUUCACCAGCCGGAAGGAGCCUGUCUCCCCUCAGGAGGGAGAGGAGGAGGGCACACAGCCCCAGCAACCCAAACCCAGCAAGAUCCCACCAGAGACCAAGCCCAAACCGCAAACCCCACCCCCGAUCGCUGCCUCUGCCAUCCGCGAAGAGGAGGAUGAGGGAGACAAGAUCAUGGCAGAGCUGCAGAACACCAGUGUUGCUUCCUCUACUAGUCGGAUGCCAGUGCCCGUGUCUGCCAAAUCGAGACAGCCACCGGGGGGCACAGAAAAAGCAGGAAAACAGCAAAAGCUGCCGGACCCUCAGAGGCAGUUCCGACAGGCUAACGGAAGCGCUAAGAAAGCUGGUGGGGAAAAUAAAGCCAAUUCCCCUACUUUACCUGCUUCUAAGAUCCCAGCCUUUUAUCCUAGCUCUGGAAAAAGCAGCUCUCUGUCUGCUCCUAACUCAGAUGCUACUAACCCUAUUAAUUCCUCCUCCUCUGCCUCCUCCUCAUCCUCUUCCUCCUCUAAGUCUUCCAUUCCGUCCCCCAGCCACCCCGGCCCGCAUCCCUCCCGCCUCGCCCCCUCGUCCUCCCACAUCCCCUCUCUCUCUAAUGGAACCCUCAAGCUCCCCGGCUCCACUCACACCGGUAAAGGUCCAAAUCUCUCGUUCUCGCCGCAGACUCAGAAUGGCCGAACGUCCUCCUCCUCUUCCUCCUUCUCCCCCUCUGCCCUGUCCCCCCUUUCCCCCACCACCCUGGGUCAAGGUGCGAAGAGCAUUCGAACCAUACACACACCCAGCUUCACCAGCUACAAGCCACACAACGGGAACAGCAGCAAAGCCACAAUACCAUCCUCCUCAUCCUCCAAGGACACAGCAUGAUUGGCUUUCUUUGGUGGGUUGCAUUCUGUUGCUGUCACAAAAAGAGCGUGAUAGGGGCACACUGUCCUCCACCUAGUUUUACCAUUUUUAUUUUUAUACUUUGUUGUUGUUUUUUUUUUUUGCUUUUUCGCUCAUUGAUAUAUGAGUUUGACGCAAUGGCGUUCACAUGGCAAUGCUCUGUGUAUCGUUGAAUCAUCUUUUCUUUUAAGUAAGAUUUCAUCCAUAACUGAUUAGUAACCUGAUAACUUGAUACGAAACUAAGAAGAGACUAGAGGUUUAACAUACUGUGUACAUACAAAAAAAGACUAAACACUAAAAUGAUGUAGUUCUACUGAGCAGUAGUUAAUGUAGAAGUUGUCAACAGCUGACAAUUUUUGGUUUGUUGUUUCAUUCAAUAGUAUUGAAAGUAUAUUUUUAUUAAAGUGUUAGA